AUGCCCCGCGUCCGUGAGCUCAUCUUCCUGGGAACCGGAACCUCUGGCUGCAUCCCAAACAUCCCCUGCAUCACGUCCAACAACCCCCGAUGCAAGGUGUGCAAACUGUCGAUGACGCCCGAGGGGCGGAAGAACCAGCGGCGCAACACGUCUUUGCUCGUUCGCGUCGACCAUCCGGAUGGUCGCAUCAGAAACAUAGUCAUUGACUGCGGCAAGACGUUUUAUGAAUCAGCCAGGGAAGUGUUCAUCAAGCACAACAUUGAGACUGUCGACGCCGUGUUGCUGACCCAUGGACACGCCGACGCGAUGUUUGGUCUGGACGAUUUGCGACAGUGGACCAUGGGCCUGAACCUGAGCAUUCCAAUUUACUGCGACAAGGAGACCAUGGGUACCGUGGGUGAGGCAUUCCCGUAUCUGGUGGACACGGGCAAGGCGACGGGCGGAGGCGCAGUGCCCUCACUGGCCUUCCAUGUCAUCCAUGACUCUUUCAGCCCGUUUCAAUGCCUGGGCAUAACGAUUCAGCCGCUACGGGUUGAGCAUGGCACGUACAGUGACGGCAGGCCAUUCUACUUUACUGGGUUCCGCUUUGACGACAUCUCGUAUGUGUCCGAUUGUUCGCGUAUUCCCGACGAGACUCGGUUGCUGAUGGCUGGGUCCAAGCUGAUGAUUCUAGAUGCGCUCAAGUGGACCAGCCACCCAUCGCACUUUGGGUACUGGGAUGCGCUGGAUGAGGUCAGAUACUUCAAGCCCGAGCGUGCCAUCUUUACUGACUUUUGCCACAGGAUGGAGCACAGCGAGUUGGAGCGGUAUAGUGAGAAGCUUAAGGAAGAGGAGAACCUCAUCGUGGACCCAGCCUUUGAUGGCAUGGUUGUGCCAAUCUAA